AUGGCCACGACCCACAGCGUCCACGACGAGAAGGAUAUCAGCGUGCACGAGGCGAAGCAACAUGCCGUUGUCGCAACCAAGGCCGCAGUUGGUGAUGAGGCCUUCCAGCAGGCGAUGCUGAAGGAGCCUCCCAAGUGGUUCGGUAACCCCAUCAUCAUCCCCGCCAUCAUCGUCGCCUUCUGCUGCUCCACCGCCAACGGUUACGAUGGCUCGCUCUUCGGAACUCUGCUCUCCAAUAAAGACUUCAAGAACUUCUUCGGUGUCGAAAACAAGGGCAUCGAGGCCGGUACGUAG